AUGGAUGCUCACCACGCUCAGGUGCUGCAAUCUCUUCGGGAACAAAUUCGGUACGAGGCACUCAGUGACGUCAGCUCGAGUCGACGGGGUCUCAUGCUACCCAGCGCCUUCCUCGAGGUGCUACGAGCGAACAGUGUCCCCCUCGGUCGAUCCGAAGCCCGUGUGCUGCUGUGGCAGUUCCAAGAGCCUAACGGAGCCGUGUCGGCGACCACGUUCCUUCGGUGGAUCGCGCUGAGCGCCCCUGUCGACCACGUGAACCCUGACCUGCUCUUCCCGCAACUUCCGCAGCCGUAUCGCCGCAUCAUGAAGGUCUGGGAGCGCGACAUCUUCGACGCGGCGUGGGAGAUCAUCACGACCGAGAGCGUCCGAUUCAGGGCCGAGACUGCAGCGUCCGAGGGCGGGAUGAACUCGUCCAGGUCUGCGACUGGAGCGGACAAGCCUCAGCAGCAGAGAAAUGACUACGAAGUCGCCAAACGACGGACGUGCGAGCCCUCGUGGCAGAUUCCCCUCGACUCCAGCGCCCAGCAAGUUGCCGGCCUGGCAUCUCACUGCCUGUUGUCUCUCAUGGUCGCUGGGAUAAAUUACGACGACGCAUCGACCAGUACCGCUCCAUCACUUCCUGUACUGAGCACAGCGGAAAAUGACGUCAAGGUUCUUGGUGACUUCCCUGUUGAGUUCCCUCGAGUCGACGCUGAAGUUCCCGUUGGAGCCGCUGAUACCGCCACUAAAGUGCACGUGUCCAUCAAAGCGCUUAGUUCACUGCAGCUCGCGAAUGAUAAUUCGGGACUUCCGAGCUGUGGUAUCGCUGUUCAUCUCGUUGAGACAACGACCAGCCAACAGCAAGAGCCCGUCGAAGACGCCAAGCCUGCCGCUCCAACAUUCCGGGAGUGUGUGAACAUCUACACGUCCCAACCCGUACACCGCACCAUGAACCUCCUCGAGCUCCCAAAGCCGUCAGCGCAGGACAUGACGACCCAGUACUUGACCGUGGGGUGUCAAGACGGCACGGUUGUCGUUUGGGACGUGCUGCAAGACUCCGACUACGCCUUCCUCGCCCCCUUCAGCGACGCAGACGACACAGCAGAACGGCCACCGCCGCGGCAAAAGCUGUCGGCCGCAGUCUCCACCGAGGUGAGCCACGUCGUGUUUUACCAAGCCGAAUACGUCAUCGCGCUGUCCAAGUCCCAGCAGCGUAUCUACUUCUUCGACGUCCGGGAACGAGGCAAGCCAGCGCUGAAGCGAGUGAUCUCACCGCCAGCAAAGAAAUCCUCCACGAAAACACGCCAAACUUCUGCACAGCCCGCCAACUUGAUGCUGAAUAUCACAGCAGUCGCGGAUCUCCCAGUGGCGCUCGUCGAGUAUUCCAACGGAAUGGUCAUGCUGUACGACGUGCGGACGGCUGAAGCAAUCGGUAGCUUCUGGGCGACACUGCCCUCGGCCACGUCUCCGGCUGCUCAUGUGGCAUCGUCCACUUCUCUUAAGUCGAACGAAAGUCUCGGUGUUUUGGUAACUAUCACGGGGAAUCAGGACGUCCUCGGUGCUGCAGCCAACCCUACGCCAUCGACUGAAGCGACGGAAACGAACAUCAAGCUGUAUAGCUGGCGCGACCUUCUCUUGGUCUGCUUUCCGUCGCUAACAACCUUGCUUGAGCAGUAUCAGGAAGAAGCGACCAUCACAAACAUCAAGCAGCUCCUGCUCACAAGCGAUCUCGAUGAUGUUUCAGCUGCAGCCCCACCAUCGACCGUCACUGCUCUCGGCACUUCCGUUGAUCCGCUAGAAACGAUGCUGCUGAGGAUGGCCGGCGAGACUCCGCCGUCUUCUACUCGAACCAGGCAGUCAAACGCCGGCAGUUUGUCCCCUCUGCAGUCCCCCUUUGGACGAAGCUCAGUGUCAAUCACCGCCAGUAACGCAGUACUCCUGAGCCAAAGCACCGAGAGCACUAACUCUGCAGACUCAAGUUCCGUAGUCAUGCUAGAGCCGCUGGUCCAAGACGACAAAGCCUUCUUCGACGAGUACUGCAGAGAACAUCUCGAUCCGUUAGCCAUCGCAGACCAAGAAGCCAGGCUGCACCGCAAGCGACGAGAGCUUCUCAAGACAAUGUCGGCUGGAGGAGCGUGGUGA